GUUACUACAAAUAAUUGCUGUUCCUUGAAGUUUCAGAGGCUGCCAUCGUUCUCAGACCUUUCAGUUCCAGUCCUCCUACAUGGCUUUUGUUCCAGGAUGGGAACAUGGAGACUGCUGUUUAUCCCACUACUACCAGUGGUAUUUGCAAAAUUCCAGUUUUCCAUUCCACACCCUGAGGUCAGCGCCUCCCUCCACGCUGAUGUGCUUCUGCCCUGCACGUUUUCUGUGAGAAACACUAAAAAUGGACUGAAGUUUGUAAUCAUAACCUGGAAAAGAAAUGGCGUUCAACUGGCUCAGUAUAAGGAUGAUGCAAUACAAAACACGAGCAGGACAGAGCUUUUGAUUACUGAGCUCUCAAAAGGUGACGCUUCACUGCUUCUUAGGAAUGUCACUGUUUCAGAUGAAGGAGACUACAAAUGUGAAGUGCACGAGGCUCCAAACACGAGAAGUGGCAAUGUGUCACUUAAAGUAACAGCUUCUCCUAAAGUCUUAGUGAAGCCAACUCUGUUGCUGGUGGAUAAGGAAAAUAUCCUGGCGUGUCAGGCAGAAGGUUUUUACCCAAGGAAUAUUUCUAUUGAGUGGCUCAAAGACUCCAGUUCACUUCCAAAGCAGGAGCCUCUUUAUUUCAAAGACAAUUCAGAUGGCACUUUCAGUGCAAUGAGUUACUACAACUACACUCCCACCAGCUCAGAACUUGGUGGAAACCUGACAUGCCGAGUGACAUCUGGGUCACAUCUCAGACAUGUGGUGGAGAUUCCUCUUAAGAUCUGCAAGCUGACUAUCAAUGUAUCACCCAAAACCCUGAUGCACGGUGAGGAAGAGAAGGUCACUUGCAGGGUGGAUGGUUGUCACUUCAGUAAAGUCACUGUGAGCUGGAAAAGAAAUGAGAGAACUUUUACUGUGGUGCACUGUCAGGGAACGAAGGAGUGUGAGAGUGAAGCAACCUUCAUGAUGUCUACUGCAGAGAAGAAGGAGGUGAACUACUCCUGUGAGGCUGAAAUAGAAGGGCUUGGCAAGCCACUGAUUGAACGUGUCAUGUUAAAUGUACAAGGUGAAAAUAAGCCACUCAUUAUAAUAACAUGGAUACUUUCAGCCAUCACACUGAUACUCUUUCUGGGUCUGGCAGUUUUAAUGGCAGGCUUCCAUUAUCACAACAAGAGCUUCAUCAUGUCAGAUAUUGAUGUCCCCCAAGUAAUCGUAGUGAACAAGGAAGUGACUAUGACAUGCAACUUCUCUGGUAAACGUUGGAAGUUUGAAAAGGCAGUUUGGAGGUGUAAAGCAGAAGGAAAGCAGUGGCAACAAAUCCAGUAUGAUGACAGUAUGCGCUCUGCACGGAGCAUAGAGUCCAUCCAAGGAAGAAGGAACUCUGAAGAAGAGCAGACAGGCACCCUGCUGAGCGAUCAGGAGACAAGCUCUAUCACCUUUAAGCCCAGUGAGGCUAAUGAAUGUCUGACUUUCCAGUGUCAAGUUACAGUGGUCUCAACUAUCACAGGGAGAACAUUGACCAAGAAAAAAGAGGCUCAGAUCAAGGUGGUGGCGAGAGACACUAGCGAGGUGACAUAAUACGUGUUCCUGCUGUGUCAAAGAGGACUGAACAACAGAGCAGGUCCAUCUGUAUUGUCCCACUGCUCAACUAUGAAUGUUUUAUGUUUCAUUUUUAAAAUAUAAUUUUAUGUAGAAAUCACCUCAUGGAGGACAUUCAGUGGAUAUUUUGAUGCAGUGCUCCUUCACCUUUACAUUCAGUCAAGACCUCAUUUUCAGAACUGUGCCAUUAAAAAUUCAAGACCCCAGCUAUCUCCAUCUCUUUUUGUUACAGCGGGAAAGGAUUACAUUAACAGGGACAGGCUGAAUCGUUGUAGACCAGUACAGGUAGUUGUUAACCAAAGAGAAAAAAUAGCAAAAAGAAUAC